AUGGUCAACGGCUCUGCGCCUCCACCGCAGCCGCCCGGGAUCGGCGAUGGCCAGGCCGCUGCCGCCGCUGCUGCAGCUGCAGCGGCUGCAGCCUCGUCGGGCUCCUCGUCGGUGCUCGACUCGGCGCUCGAUGCGCUGAGGCAGGGCGGACCCAACGGCACCCUGGCACCCGAGCGGCUGGCUUCGUUCCUGGCUUCGCUGCUCUCGGAUGCGGCGCCGCCCAACUCGCCGCUGCUCCAGCCCGCCCACCGCCAGCGCCUGCUGGCCGCCGUGUCGGAGCGCAUCGGCCCCGAGGCCACCGCCCACGUCAUCCGCCAGACGCUGCCCAACCUCCGCAUGAAGCCCGGCAAGAACCUCACCGAGUUCCUCAUCGACCUCGGCCCCAGCGGCCUGCCCAGCGUCGACGUGGUCCGCGCCAUCCUCGACCGCUUUGAGGUGCGCUCGGCCGACGAGCGAUCGACGUCUGAGCUUCUCGCAUCGCUCCUCUCGGUCGACACCGACCUGCUCAACGGCGGCGACGUGACCGACUUUGGCAACCUCGUCCGCGGCUGGAGCUCGGCGUUUCCGCAGCUCUCCUGGAUCCGCGUGGUCCGCGGCCUCGACGACCCCGAGGGCUUCGAGAUCCCGGCCAGCAACCGGAUGGGUGGACUCGCGGCAGUCGUGUCCGCCACCUCGCGCUUCCAGGGCCAGACCCCGGCCGUCUCGGGCCUGUGGGGGGCCUGGUCGCACAAGCAGCGCCAGGUGCGCAUCCUCAACGGUCUCGUCUCGCUCCCCGCCGACGCCUUCUCGUUUGCCGCGCUGCCCGGCCGGAGGAUCGUGACGGUCGAAGACGUGUCGGGCGCCAGCGGCACCGUCAAGGCGCUGGCGGCCUCGGUCCAGGGCAGCACCUGGAACUCGCUCGACCUCGUCGAGACGCUCACGCAGAUCGCCGGCUCCGACGACCCUUCGGUCCGGGCCGUGGUCACCGAGCUGCUCGAAAAGGCGAUCAAGUCGAGCGCCGAGCUGGUGCUCAUGGGGCUCGUCCAGAUCGGCCACCCGUGGAACCGCAUCCACAGCGAGCUGGCAUCGAAGCUGGUCGCCAUGUUCCUCGCGGGCCACCCGAGCCACCAGCUCGUCUUCUACCGCCUGUGGCAGGCCAACCAGGACUUUACCCUGUCGGCGCUGCACAGCUUCUACGACGAGAACCCAAUCAACAUUACCCGGCUCGUCGACGUGGCGCAGGAGGUCAAGAUCCUCGACACGCUCCUCGACCAGCGCCCCUUUGCGUUUGCGCUCGACGUGGCGGCGCUGGCCUCGCGCCGCGAAUACCUCAACCUCGACAUCUGGCUGCAGAGCAAGAUCGCCGAGCACGGCGGCGAGUUCGUGCGCGCCUCGCUCGAGUUCCUCGACAGCAAGACCAAGGACGACCUCGCCAAGCAGGACCCGCAGGCGGAGCAGAAUUUUAUGCCGCUCACCGUCCAGACGGUGGCCACCUUCCUCAAGGUGCUGCGCUCCAACGGCGACAACAUGACGCCCGACGAGAUCGACUUUUUCAAGGUGGUGCGCAACCUCUGCCUCCAGCUCCACCCGCGUCUCAUGAACCUCGCCCCGGGCGCCGAGGGGCAGGAGCCGGGCCUGCAGGUCGUCACCUUCUCGCAGGACAUCCACGACGAGGCCGACAGCUGGUACCGCAAGAUGUACGAGGAGAAGAUCAGCAUCGACGACGUCAUCGCGCUCCUGCAGCGGACCAAGGUGUCGGACGACCCGCGCGACCACCAGGUCUUUGCGUGCAUGGUCCACACGCUCUUCGACGAGUACCGCUGGUUCGAGAUGUACUACCCGCCGCGCGAGCUCGCCAUGACCGCCGUCGUCUUUGGCUCGCUCAUCCAGCACCAGCUGAUCGACUACAUCCCGCUCGGCAUCGCCAUCCGCUACGUCCUCGACGCGCUGCGCAAUCCGUCGGACUCGAACAUGUUCAAGUUUGGCCUGCAGGCGCUGCUGCGCUUCCAGAACCGGCUGCCCGAGUGGCCCCAGCUGUGCCAGGCGCUCCUCUCGAUGCCCCACCUCCAGCAGUCGCAUCCGGACGUGGUCCGGCUGGUGCGCAUGGCCAUGGCGGGCGGUGGCGCCGGCGGCGGUCCGGACGGCAAGGGUGGCGUCGCCGGCAAGGGUCAGGCCAACGACGGCGGCAACGGUGGCGUCGACGACGACGACAAGCCGCCGCCCUUCACCGCGAUCCACGUCGACGGCGUGCCGGACACGGUCGAGCAGCGCGAGCCCGAGGAGGACGUGUCGGACCGCGUCCUCUUCCUCGUCAACAACCUGUCGCCGAGCAACCUCGAGUCGAAGCUGCACGACGCCAAGCGCCUGAUCAAGCCCGAGAUCUUCCGGUGGUUCUCGUCCUACCUCGUCCUCCAGCGCGUCAGCAUCGAGCCCAACAACCACGGCCUCUACGCGCAGUUCCUCGACGGGCUCAACGGCCAGAGCCUGCUCGCCUUUAUCCUGCACGAGACGCUGGCCAAGGUGCAGCUGCUCCUCAACUCGGACAAGACGGUCCAGUCGACCCAGGAGCGCACGCUGCUCAAGAACCUGGGCUCGUGGCUGGGCAGCCUCACGCUGGCGCGCAACAAGCCGAUUCGCCACCGCAACAUCGCCUUCAAGGAGCUGCUGGUGCAGGGCUACGACAGCAACCGGCUGAUUGUCGCCAUCCCGUUCGUGUGCAAGGUCCUCGAGCAGUGCGCCAGGUCCGAGGUGUUUGUGCCGCCCAACCCGUGGCUGAUGGCGGUGCUGCGCCUGAUGGUCGAGCUCUACCAGUUCGCCGAGCUCAAGCUCAACCUCAAGUUUGAGAUCGAGGUGCUCUGCAAGAGCCUCAGCGUCGAGCUCAAGGACAUCCAGCCCACCACCAUCCUGCGCAACAGGCCCACGGUCGAGAUCCUCCAGCAGCAGCAGCAGCUCCAGCAGCAGCAGCAGCAGCAGCAGCAACAGCAGCUCCAGCAGCAGCUGCAGCAUCAGCAGCACCAGCACCAGCAGCAACACCACCACCAGCAGCAGCAGCGUCAGCAGCAGCAGCUCGUCCAGCAGCCCGCCACGGGCCUCGCCCAGGACCUCGAGCGGCUGUCGGUCGCCAGUGGUGGGGGAGGCUUUGCCGCUGGACAGCGUGGCAUGCCCCCUCAGGUCGGCCCCAAGGCCAGCGCCGCCGCUGCUGCCGUUGCGGCCGCCGGCUCCGGCACGCAGCCGGGCCAGUCGGCUGCGGCGGCCGCCGCCUACACCGAGACGCUCGUCUCGAUGCUCGCCUCGCUGGGCAACUACAUCGUCAUCAACCCGCAGCUGACGCUGUUCGCCAACAAUGCGGCGCUCAAGCGGAUUAUCCACAUCGCCAUCGACCGCGCCAUCCGAGAGAUCAUCGCGCCCGUCGUCGAGCGAUCGGUGACGAUUGCGUCGAUCUCGACGCGCGAGCUGGUGACCAAGGAUUUUGCCAUGGAGGGCGACGAGGGCAAGAUGGGCAAGGCGGCCCACCAGAUGGCGCAGAACCUGGCCGGCAGCCUGGCGCUCGUCACCUGCAAGGAGCCGCUGCGGAUCAGCAUGGUGACCCACGCCCGCUCGCUCUUCCUCUCGAGCGGCUUCACCGAGCAGACGCUGCCGGAGCAGGCGCUCCUGGUCAUCAUGCAGGACAAUCUCGACCUUGCCUGCUCGGUCAUCGAGCGCGCCGCCAUGGACAAGGCGCCGGCCCAGCUGCGCGUCUACGACGACUUUGGCCGCCCGUCGCGCAUGUCGCCCGCGCCCGCCACGGCCAGCAGCGUCGACGGCGGCGACCGCGGCACCCCGGCCUCGGUCCACGUCUCGGCCCUGUCGGGUCGAUCCGACGCGGGCUACCCGGACUCUAGCAGUGCCGGAGGUGCCGGUGCCGCCGGUGCCGAUGACGCCACCGCCGCCGCUGCCGCCGCCGCCGCAGCGUUGGCCCAGCCUGUCGGCCCGAUGUCGGCGCAGCAGAGCCUUGAGCGCUUCUCGCAGUGCCUCUCGGAGCUCGAGCGCCUGCUGUCGCAGGUGUCGGACGACGAGACGCUCGCCUCGCUGGCGCAGAACCACGAGAUCCGCGCCCUCGUCCGUCAGAUCCCGCUGACGGCCGCCCAGUCGAUCGGCCGCGACGAGACGGCGCUGGCGUUCUCGCAAAAGGUGGUGCAGCUGCUCUACAAGGCCGACAACCAGCUCGGCCGCGAGGUAUACGUCAUCCUCCUCGAGCGGCUGUGCGAGGUGUCGAUCAAGGCGGCGCGCGAGGUGACGGCCUGGCUCGUCUACGCCGAGGACGAGCGCAAGUUCAACGUGCCCGUCAGCGUGUGCCUGAUCCGCGCCGGCCUUAUCAACGUGGCCGAGCAGGACAUGCAGCUGGCCAAGCUGAUCCUGCGCGACUUCCGCCCGAGCGUCAUCGAUUUCGCCGCCGGCCUGGCCCUCGACUGCCUGCGCGAACCGGCGUGCGCCACGCGCCAGCAGCUGGCCAACACGGUCGAGGCGCUCCACCGCGCCGUCGAGGGCGGCAAGGGCACCGACGCCGCCGCCGAGUUCCUCGACGAGCUCGAGGCCGGCCAGCUCAAGAGCAAGGUCGACGUCGGCAACACGGCGCUGCGCGAGCAGCUCGCCUACUGCUUCGCCGAGUGGGUGCGCCUCUUCCAGCAGUCGCCGAGCUCGGAAAAGUCCUUCAUCGAUUUCGUCACGCAGCUCCAGAGCCAGGGCAUCCUCAAGGGCGAAGAGAUCUCGUCGAUGUUCUUCCGCGUCUGCGCCGAGGUCAGCGUCGACUCGUACAUCAAGCAGAAGGCCGUCGGCGGCUCGCUGGCCUCGGGCAUCUUCUGCCCCAUUGACGCGUUUUCCAAGCUGGUGGUGCUCAUGAUCAAGUACCACGCCGACCCGACGGGCACCAACAACGAGCAGGCCAAGGUGCACUACCUCACCAAGAUCCUGUCGAUUGUCGUCCUGGUGCUGGCCCAGUCGCACGAGGAGCUGGGCCCGCACUUCCAGCAGAAGCCCUUCUUCCGCCUGUUUUCCAGCCUGCUCCACGACCUCCACCUGACCGAGUCGAGCCUGGGCAACGCCUACAUCCAGACGCUGCUCGCCAUCAGCAACACGCUCAACACGCUCCAGCCCUCGUUCUUCCCCGGCUUCACGUUUUCGUGGAUGUCGCUGGUCUCGCACCGCCUCUUUAUGCCCAAGCUGCUCGCCGCCAGCGGCCGCGAAGGGUGGAGCGCCUUCCACCGCCUCUUUGCGUCGCUGCUCCGCUUCAUGGCGCCCUUCCUGCGCAGCGCCGAGCUGCAGGAGACGUCGCGCCAGCUCUACAAGGGCACGCUCCGCAUCUUCCUCGUGCUGCUCCACGACUUCCCCGAGUUCCUCUGCGACUACCACCACAGCCUCUGCGACAUUGUACCACCAUCGUGCAUUCAGCUCCGCAACCUCGUCCUCAGCGCAUUCCCCCGCAACCGCCGGCUCCCCGACCCCUUCACACCCAACCUCCGGAUCGAGCUGCUGCCCGAGGUGUCGCAGCACCCCCACCUCGCCUCGGACCACGUCGCCGCCUUUGCCCAGGUCCCCGGAUUCCGACAGGCCCUCGACCGCUACCUGGCCAGCCGCGAGCCGCGCUCCUUUGUCGCCACGCUCAAGGACGCCCUGCUGGUCGCCAACCCGCACGAGGUCGACGCCGCCCGCGGCGAGUCGCGCUACAACCUGCCCCUCGUCAACGCCCUCGUCCUCUACGCCGGCAUGCGCAGCCUCGACGAGGGACGCGCCACGGUGCCCGUCGUCGGCGGCGGCGGCCAAGACUCGGCGGCGGGCGCGGGCGCGGGGCGACGAUGGCCUGCGUCUCGCUCGUCGAGGAGCUCGUGUCGACCCUGA